AUGGAGCCCUCUCUCCUGGCCCAGGUCCUGGCCAUCCUGAUGGAUGUGUUCACAGAUGUGGAGAUCUUUUGUGACAUUCUGGAGGCGGCCAAUAAGCGAGGGGUAUUUGUCUGUGUGCUUCUGGACCAGGGAGGUGUGAGGCUCUUCCAGGAGAUGUGUGACAAAGUCCAGAUCUCUGAUAUUCAUCUCAAGAACAUUUCCAUCCGGAGUGUGGAAGGGGAAGUGUAUUGUGCCAAGUCAGGCAGGAAAUUUGCCGGCCAAAUCCAAGAGAAAUUCAUCAUAUCAGACUGGAGAUUUGUCUUAUCCGGAUCAUACAGCUUCUCUUGGCUCUGUGGACACGUGCACAGGAACAUCCUCUCCAAGUUCACCGGCCAGGCUGUGGAGCUCUUUGAUGAGGAGUUCCGACGCCUCUACGCCUCCUCCAAGCCGGUGAUGGGCCUCAAGUCCCCGAGGCUAGUGGCCCCACUCCGGCCCAGCAAGGGUCCAGGAGCCCCCAAUGGCCACCUCAGUGGUAGCAGCGGCUCCACCAGUGACCGCACCUCCUCCAACCCCUUCAGCAACCUGUCAACCGGCAGCAAUCCCCUCAACCAGAGUGUGUCCACAUCCUCAGGGCCGGGCAGUCCGCUGGCCCCCUUCCCACCCGCGGUCCCAAGGGUUCAGCCCUAUCACAGCCCCCGGAGAGCUGUGGCCCCACAGGCCCUGUUGGUACCCAUGAGGCCCCAUGAGGGAGCAUCCGCUCCCUACAGCAGCUUCAUGGCCUAUAGGCCCACCCGGCUGCAGCUGCAGCAGCUCGGCCUGGUGCCCAGGGUGACUCACCCCUGGAGGCCUUUUCUGCAGGCCUUGCCUCAUUUUUGAAGGGUCCUUUCCCCUCACUGCCUUCUUUGGGGGUGAGGA